AUGAGUAAGGACAUAAGUGAAGCUCUGAGACAUGUUUUAAACGAUAGCGGCUAUGACUUCGGAGGCGAUCGGGUUGUCGAGGACAGUACGACUGUGCAGGUUAAAAAUCCCGCAGCUCGAAAGACAGGCGAGGAGAUUGAAGUGUUCUACAGUCGAACUGCUCAAGUACUUUCACAACCGAAUUCGGAUGAUGAGGAUUUCGGUACCUUUUUCUGUUUUACAGCAACUCUCUCGGACUCGGAAAUCACGGAACGGUGUAGAACAAGUUCAUUUCAUCGUGGAACAUGUGGAAGUGAUGAUGAGGGGCGAAAGCACACAGUGUUGAGGUAUAGGAGACGUCGCGGUGGACAAUGGAGGCAGGUUCAGGCCGACAGCUCGAUUCGUAAAGGAGACGAAGACGAAUUAGAAGUAUGCAUUGAUCUACAAUAUAUAACCUAUGAGGCACGUUGGAAGGUUUUGAAAUAUGAGCAUUUGCCAGAUUGGCUGCAGGAUAACGAAUUUCUGCGUCACGGUCAUCGCCCUCCGCUUCCCUCUUUCGCUGAGUGUUUUAAAAGCAUUUGGUCACUUCACACUGAAACUGGGAAUAUUUGGACUCAUCUUAUUGGGUGCUUAGCGUUCUUCUGCCUUGGGGUGUGGUUUCUCACUCGUCCUGAUAACCACAUUCAGUGGCAAGAAAAGAUAGUGUUUUCGUUUUUCUUUGGUGGAGCUGUUCUAUGCUUAGGACUCUCUUUUGUGUUCCACACUUUGUGUUGUCAUUCUCUCAACGUUGGCCGCUUGUUUUGCAAGCUUGACUAUAUGGGCAUAUCUCUACUGAUAGUUGGAUCAUUCAUUCCAUGGAUUUACUAUGGAUUUUACUGUCGAAUGGAGCCAAAGAUUACGUACAUUGCUAUGGUAUCCGUUCUUGGUGUAGGCGCAAUUGUUGUUUCACUUUGGGAUAAAUUCAGUGAACCCCGUUACCGACCACUUCGGGCAGGUGUUUUUGUUGGGAUGGGAUGCAGUGGUAUCGUUCCCACUGUUCAUUAUAUAAUCACUGACGGUGUGCGUUCGUUGUUUGAAGAUAAUGCCUUCCAUUGGCUUCUUUUGAUGGCUUUCUUAUAUCUUCUUGGAGCCCUUCUGUACGCAACUCGCACUCCAGAACGAUUUUUUCCUGGGAAGUGUGAUAUAUGGUUUCAAUCUCAUCAGUUAUUCCAUACUUGUGUGGUGGUUGCCGCUUUCGUGCAUUAUUAUGGGAUCUCUGAGAUGGCGUGGAUCAGACUGAACGGUCAAUGUCCGGUUGAUGGCUUGUUUUCAAUCCGCAAUGAGUUGUAG